AGGACGUUGAUCCUUCCUCAGAGGACCUCUCUCCUGUAGAAAAUACCACCCUGUUUUAGACAGCCGGCGCGAUUGUAAGUCUAUUUUUGUACACUUUUAGAGUAAAUUUUAGUGUAGGAAGAGAAGAGAGCACCGCCAAGAUGUUGAUCGGGCUCGUGAGGGAAUCGGUGAUGCAGUGCUUCUGCCAUACGUGUCGGGCACCCCUACCGGCAACCGUUCAUAGGACACAAAUUCCAAUAACGAAGGUAAAAACGAAACCAAGGACGACGAUAGCGAACCAGCCAAAAAGGGUACAGUUUGUUACGACCGAGGUCAGGUGCCAGGAGAAGACCAGGGGCGGCCUGCGCUACGAGGUCAUCCUCGGCGAGCCGGAGGUCAAGACAGCUCCUCCCAAGAAGCAGCUCUCCCCCAAAAGCAGCAUGUCCGUCCAGGACAUCGAAGAGAAGCUCAAGGCGGCCGAGGAACGCCGCCAGCAAUUGGAAUCCAACAAAAUCGCAGCUCUAUCGGCAAAAAUGGUGAAGAUCGAAGAAGCGUCCCGCAAGAAGGAGGAACAGACUAGUCAAUUCAUAGCUGCUACACGCGAUGCUCUGGAACAGAAAAUGGAGCUCCACACGGAGAAAAGAGAAGCUUACAUCACUGACCUCAAAACCAAACUGAAGGAUCAUAUUGAAAAUGUGGAGAAAACUCGUCUGACUCUCGAACAGCAAACUGACGAAGUGAGGUCCGCCAUCGAAGAGAAACUGAAAAGUGCUUCUCAGCAGCGCGACGACAACAUCAAGAAGAUGCUGGACCGCCUCAAGGAACAUGAAGAGCAGGUCCAGAAGGUCAGGGUACAGAACACCGCCAAAUAUCAACAGCUGGAGGCCACCAUCCAGGAAAAGCUGGGUCAGGCCCAGACCAGGAAAGAGCAACUGGAACAAGAGCAGAAGGAGAAGCUGAGGAAUUACAAUAACCGGCCAUUAGAAGUAAAGCAGUCCGUCGAGUCUACUGUGGAGGUGCGUAAGACUGAGGUUGCGGCUCUUGUCGAGAAUAAACUCACUAUCGCCGAGCAAAAGAGAGAGCAGGAGAUCAAAAAAAAGCUAGAGAUUGCCAAGAAACACAACGAGCAUAUGGUAGAAGUCAAGCAAUCCAUAGAAACGACGGAGGAGAACCGUAAGACUGAAAAAGUUAUUAAAUUAGAGACUAAGCUUACCGCAGCCGAGCAAAAGAGGGAGCAGGAGCUGCAGCGUAAAUUAGAAAAGAUUAAGGAGAAUGAGAAGCGUGCCGAGGCGGUCCGUCAGAACAAGGCGAACAUCAUCGCCAACAAAAUGGCUCCAUCGUCUGGUUAAAAGUUGAACACGUAGUUCCAUUUUUACAUGUAAUAAUAUCAUCUGCUUCUAUUAAACUGUCUUGAGACUUUAACACUCAAGAUUUUGAUAUAUCAACUGAGAAGACCUAUCGGUAGCCAUUUCUCUUCUCAAAAGUAUUGCUUUUAGACUGAAGGAAUUUUGUGAUUAUUUCGUUUUUUAAUACUUAUAUUUUUUACUCUUACUUUAGCCGUAUUUUUAUAUUGUAUUUGCCAAACUAAAGGUGUACCUUUUAAUUGCCCUGAGUUUCUCUUUUGUGUAAAAAGUUUUUAAAUCUAUCGUUUAGUUUUUUAGUUUGUAAGGAGAAAAGUUAACUUUAAAAUAGUAAAUAUACAAAGUGUUUAAACAUGACCAGCUAGCUUUAGCCGAGUGUGGACUAAGUAAUAAAAGUAAAGCUUUAACCUGAUUUGCGCACUUUUUCACGUAGCUAGGUAUUUACAAAAAUAUAAAGAAAUUAUUUUUUAACGAUCUACAAACUCACUUUCAGGUAAGAUCAGUUAACAAAGAGCCCGAGUCGCGCCGAUGUAAUCAAACUGUUCUAGAUGUUCCCGCAUGAGCAAACUUACGCUUGGCGCUCCUUUGUUACUUACUUGGAAGUGAAACGAAUUAGAUAGGAAUUACACAAAUUAAAUCAAAGUCACUUACGACCCGCCCGGGGGGGCGUUUUCUUGACGGAAUCGCUCCCGGGCGGCGUCGAAAACUGCACUCUGUAAAUUCGUUCGAUAUUGAUUGCUCUGGAACAUUUUUUGUAAGAGAAAAAAAGUGUAAUCGUGUAAUGUUUAUAUCAAUGAAACAACCGCCUAGUGCUGCCUUUUUGUAUAAAUGUUGGGACGACUGAUAAUAUGGAUUUGUGCUUCUGCUAUGGAACAAAUUUUGGGAAAUUUCGUUUAAGGGUGGGAGCGCUCUCGACGGUACAAAUAUUAGUUGAUGAACACACACACACUGCAAAAUUGUCACUCCUAAUUAUUUUAGUUAACAAUAAAAUUACCAAACUCAUUCGUUACCCGGACAGGUUUUUAUUCUUCAUCUAAUUGGUAAUUAUGACUGUAAAUUUACAUUAAAUGUAAAUUGACAGUUGCUUAACGUCAAUUUACGUUAAAUGUAAUCUGUCCAAUAAUUAUUUUAAUUAGCAAAAAAUUACCAAACUCAAUUCCUUUUCCGAACCGGAUUUUUUCUUUUCUAUGUAAUUGGCAAUCGUGACUGUAAAUUUACAUUAAACGUAAAUCACAAUUAUUGAGUGUCAAUUUACAUUAAAUGUAAUCUGUCCACUAUUUAUUUCAGUUAACAAAAAAUUACCAAAUUAUUUGUUUCCCAGACAGGUUUUUAUUCUCCAAGUAAUUGUCAAUUUUGACUGUAAAUUUACAUUAAAUGUAAAUCGACACUUGCUAGACGUCAAUUUACGUUAAAUGUAAUCUGUCCAUUAGUUAUUUUAAUUAGCAAAGAAUUACCAAAUUCAUAAUUCCUUUUCCGGAUCGUUUUUUUCUUUUCCAUGUAAUUGGCAACCGUGACUGUAAAUUUACAUGAAACGUAAAUCACAAUUAUUACGUGUCAAUUUACAUUAAAUGUAAUCUGACCACUAAUUAUUUUAGAUAACAAAAAAUUACCAAAUUCAUAAUUCCUUUUCCGAACUGGUUUCUUUUCCAUGUAAUUGACAAUCGUGACUGUAAAUUUACAUUAAACAUAAAUCACAAUUACUAAGUGUCAAUAUUUUAGUCAACAAAAAAUUGCCAAAAUCAUAAUUUGUUUCCCGGACAAGUUUUUAUUCUCCAAGUAAUUGGCAAUUUUGACUGUAAAUUUACAUUAAAUGUAAAUCGACACUUACCAAACGUCAAUUUACGUUAAAUGUAAUAUGUCCAUCAGUUAUUUUAAUUAGCAAAAAAUUACCAAAUUCAUAUUUCCUUUUCCGAACCGGUUUUUUCAUUUUCCAUGUAAUUGGCAAUUGCGACUGUAAAUUUACAUUAAACGUAAGUCACAAUUACUAAGUGUCAAUUUACAUUAAAUGUAGUAAUUAUUUUAUUUAACAAAAAAUUACCAAAUGUGUUCAUAAUUCAUAAUGUUUUCCGGACAGGUUUUUAUUUUCCAAGUAAUUGGCAAUUUUGACUGUAAAUUUACAUUGACUGUACAUCGACAGUUACUAAACAUCAAUUUACGUUAAAUGUAAUCUGUCCAUUGAUUAUUUUAAUUAAAAAAUUACCAAAUUCGUAAUACCUUUUCUGAACGGGUUUUUUAUUUUUCAUGUAAUUGGCAAAUGUAACAAUAAAUUUACAUUUAAUGUAAUCUGUCCACUAAUUAUUUUAGUUAAUAAGACCAAAAUCAUAAUUUCUUUCCCGAACAGAUUUUCAUUUUCCCUAUAAUUAAUAAGUAUGACUGUAAAUUUACAUUGUCCAAAUUGUGCUAAAGGUCAAUUUACAUUAAAUGUAAACCGACAUUUGCUAAAUGUAAAUUUACAAGUAUAAGUGUAAAUUUGGUUUUAAAGAGUCAGUUGUGUAUCUUAAUCGAACUAGUUUAAAUUGGCAACUAGGGGUGUUACAAAUUAAAAAAAUACAUACGGCGAUAGGGAAUUUUGUUUGUUUCGAAGUGCUUUUUGUCGAGACUGUUUAAGACCAUAUCAAACAUCAGAUACUUCCGAAUUGGGCCGCUUUUGAACGAAACUCUCCCAGAAUUAAUCCACUAGCUUCUGUGAUGAGUUGUUUUCUUUGAGAAUAAAUUUAUAGCAAAAGAUAAAAGUUAUUUAGCUAAUAAUAUGUAAGGAUGUAGUGUUACUGUGUAGUGUUCACCCAGUUUAUAAUGUUUCAUACGCUUUGACAUAUAAAAGUAUUAUUACUUGUUUAGGGUAAGUCAAUAUCUUGAGUUGUGGCAUAACACUUUCAUUGUCGUUCAUUCUAACGUUGCGUUUUAAUAAAAUUAGGUUAAGGUGUUGUUCAUAAUUAAGUUUUACGUUUACUUUUAAGGUUUAACUAAUAAUAUUGUUUCCGUUCCUACUAAUGUUGCUUAAUAAAAGUUCAGUAAAAUUA